GCGUGUGCAUACAGUCAUAAAUUUUUGGAGUUUUCCUAUUGAUAUAAAAUAUUUAAUUGUUCUAUUGACGACCGGUGAUGGCUGGGAAGAUCAACAAAUUCGAGACGCCGAGUUCAGCAAGCUCGGAUAGCGACUCAGAGCUGGCGUUAGAGAUAAGCGAGCAAGUGUUUCUGGACGACGAUGACUACUCGCGCGCCCCGGCGUCGCCCACCACUGUGCCGAAUGUUCGGCCGUAUAGACCGCCCUCUACAGGAUCAAACAUACUAAAGUCCCCUCGCCAGCGGCGCGUGCGCACAACCUCAAUGUCGCAGCCGAACAAGAAAACAACCGCAGAGAGUAUCCUACACGCAGACAGACGGACGAUAUACACGGCGGGCAGACCGCCGUGGUAUAAUUGUACCGGGGGGCAGGAGGUGGAGCCUUUUCUUAUUGGUAUAUGCGGCGCAAGUGCGUCAGGCAAAACAACGGUAGCGGCUAAAAUCAUAGAGUCACUUAACAUACCGUGGGUCACUAUUGUCAGUAUGGACUCGUUUUAUAAGGUCCUCAACGAGAAGCAGCACCAGGCGGCUAUGCGCAACGAAUACAACUUCGAUCACCCGGACGCGUUUGACAUGGAGCUACUGGUUAAUGUUCUGCAGCGACUGAAGGAGGGCAAGAAAGUCGAAGUGCCGAUUUAUAAUUAUGUCACGCAUUCUAGGGAGAAUCGGACGAAAACGAUGUACGGCGCAAACGUGAUAAUAUUCGAGGGUAUACUCGCGUUCUAUAACGCUGAUGUCGUCAGCAAGUUGGACAUGAAGGUGUUUGUGGAUACCGAUGCGGAUAUAAGACUCGCGAGGAGACUGAGAAGAGACAUAGUCCAACGUGGCCGUGAUCUAGAAGGUGUACUGAAACAGUACCUAACUCACGUAAAACCGGCGUACCAAAGCUAUAUAGCGCCGUGUAUGGCGCACGCCGAUAUUAUAGUGCCGAGGGGGGGAGAGAAUAAGGUCGCUAUAUCGCUUAUUGUGCAACACGUGCAUAAGCAAUUGCAGCUCCGCGGUUUCAAAGUACGAGAAAAGCUGGCGAUCGCACACGUGGGACAGCCCGUACCUGACUCGCUAUACGUACUUAAGGAUACACCUCAGGUACAAGGACUCCACACAUUCAUACGCAACAAGGACACGCCGCGGGACGAAUUCAUCUUCUACUCCAAACGUUUGAUGAGACUCGUCAUAGAGUUCGCGAUAUCAUUGCUACCCUACACCACGCAUAGCGUUGAUACGCCACAGGGAUUUAGUUAUACUGGACGCAAAUGCGCGGUAGAACGCGUGUGCGGCGUAUCCAUACUACGCGCGGGUGAAACAAUGGAGCAGGCCGUUUGCGAUGUGUGCAAGGACAUACGCAUCGGCAAGAUACUCAUACAGACCAACCAGCAGACUGACGAGCCGGAGCUCUACUACCUCCGUCUGCCCAAAGACAUAAAAGACUACCGCGUGAUACUAAUGGACGCGACCGUAGCAACAGGCGCGGCGGCCAUGAUGGCGAUCCGUGUGUUAUUGGACCACGACGUGCCCGAACGGCACAUAUCGCUCGUGUCGUUACUUAUGGCGGAGAUCGGCGUGCAUUCGGUGGCUUAUGCCUUUCCUGAGGUUAAGAUAAUAACAUCCGCUUUAGACCCGGAAAUCAACGAGAAAUUCUAUGUAUUACCCGGUAUAGGUAAUUUCGGAGACCGUUACUUUGGCACCGAGCCCUCUGACGACGAAUGACUGACACUACCCAUACGUGCGACAGAGAUGGCAACAUUUCCGCGCUACGAGUGAACGAGACGGAUAUAUUUUACUCAACGCCGCAUGUAUAGGCGAUGUACGCUUGGACGUAUCUGCUAGCAUAUACAACUUAUAUAUGAAACUUGCUUGUGCUAAUGAGGGUAGUUUUAUAUAGUUUUUAUAGCUGCGAUAUAUCCAGCCAGCGUUCGAAUUUCAAAUUCAGUAAUCAUAGAGUAAAAUCUGCAAAAUUUUUAUCGUGUCACUUCUCUAAAGAUAAAUAAGCGCAAAGCUCCAACUAUCCCAGUAAUUAUGUAUUUCCCAGUGUUGUGGUAACUAUUUACGAUUAAAGCCCCAAAUACGCGAUUAUAAAUAAAAAAAAAACUUGUCUUAAAACAUCAUAGACAAACAAAACUUCGUAUACUUAAUCUAUGGUGAAAAUAAAUUCUUUGUUUAAUUUUUCGUUACGAAGAAAUCGUUUAAAAGUUGCACCUUUUUGUGAAAAACCUAAGUAAAUGGAAAACGAAAAUGAUGCAAUGGCAGACAAUUUCUACAAAGAAUUGGCCACUGUUAGUAGACCGUCUGUUUCUUUAAAUUCCUAAUUAAAGUUUUGUUCAAAAAAGUAUAUACUCUUCUUUGUUUGUAAAGUAAAAUUGUAAAAACACAAAAAAUAUGAAAAAAUUAUGAAACUUUACGCUAAACAUCUACUUCUAUGGCGAAAAAAUAAAAACUUAGUAAAUCGUUCAUAACUAUGAAUUGACUUAUAUUUUUAAGGGACUUUAUCAUUAUUUAAAUUAUUAUUUAGUAGUAUUUGAAUUCUACAAUUUUAUAAAUUAUACGAAAUUAAAAAAAAAAACUCAAAACUUAUACAUAAAUGACUAAUAAAGAAAAUCUAGUCAUAACGGUCAUUUAAUUUUCUACAAUAAAUGACCACAUUUAAUUGACAUUUUUACUAUAUUUAUAUAAUUGGUGUGAAAAUUCAUAAUAAAUAAGGUUUAAAAAUAAAACCUCGACUUUAAAAUAUGUUCCUAGGUUUCUUAUUUGUGGAAUUUACCAAAGAAUUGGUAAUUUAUGUAGAAAUAACUUAAAAAACGGAUUCAUAAAAGUUUGUAGGUUAUAAAAACAAAUAACAACCAUUUAAUAAUUUGGUGACAUUAAUUUUAUUUUUAUUUGUGAUACAUUAAAACGUUUUAGAGUUAUAUGAUUGGUGCGGUAAAUAUAACACUUUAUUUAUAUUAAAUUAAAAAUGUUCUUAAAAUUUUGUAGUGACUUAAAAACUACUUGUGUGCAUUUAGAAUUACAAAAUUUACUUAUAAUAAAUAAUACGUUAGAGUGAAUCUAACUUAACUUUUACCAUGUUCAUAAUCUUAGCUAAAAUAAUAUAUUUGGCUUUACGAUUUAUUGAAACUUACACAUUUACCUUUUAAAAACAAGGUACUAAAUCUAAAAGUACACUUUUUUCGCGCCCUUUUUUGGUAUAUUUUUUCUUACGGCACGAUUACUAUAACUUUUUAAUAAUAAGAUUUUGUUCUAAAUGCGAUAACGGCCAGUACCAAAUUACUUACUAUAUUUUAUAAAAAAAAAUGUGCAUAAUACCUAUAUAUACCACAAUAUAGACAUAAUUUUUUGAGCCAAUAAACCAGAGACUAAAAUAAACCAUGGUGCUUUUAUUACAAAAUAUACAAGUGUUCCAAAUCUGUAGUUUGAUAGCAUAAAUGUACAAUGUACAGGAUACGUUCAUUCCGACGCGAUGCUGCCAUUUUGUUUUUUACUUUCGCGCGCUUUUUUUUUUUCUUUUUUAUUCUCAGUAUUAGGCAAUGAUUUGUGUUAGUUUUUAGUUGUAUAUGAGACUUAUUGUACAGUAAGAGACCUCGCUCUUUUUAAACGUUUAGGUGAAAUUAGUUUUGAAUUAUUUAUUAGAUGGAUAUGAAGGCCGUUCACUGACAAUAUGGAAUAGACUAGAGAAUAUUUAGUUUUUUCGUAAUCUGUGUAAACAAUUUGUAGAUUGUUUAAUAUAUUUAUUAGCUGUGCUUUUAGAAUUCUAUUCCAUGCCAGGGCAGUCUAUCAAUUUCCGAACUAGGUUAAGUUUUUCUCAAUGUUUGUAUUUUUAGUGCAUUAGUAAUUCUAAGUUCUACUUUAUAUAUAAGACGUAGUUGCUUUUGUGUAAACUAUAUAAAAUAAACAUAACGUGUUUAUUGUAAACAAAUAUUGUACAAAAUAAACUGUAAUAUUCUGAAAUAAAGUGGUUUUAUUUUAUUUUUGUUUUAACUAGUUAUUUUUAAAUUAAUUGAACAAUUGCAAAAUUUAAAAUUGUCUUAAUUUAUGUGGGGUUAGUUUGAUUAAUAUUUAUUAUAAUUCUUAAUACUUAUUCUAGAACUUAAAAUUAGUGUAAACCACUUUAUUUUAUUGAAUAAUUGAACAUGUAUUCGAAAUCUGAUCACACAUUUAUUUCAAUACAUUUUUUUUUAAAUUAUACUUUACAAAAAAUACAAAUUGUCUGUUAAUUAAAAUUCAUAUAAAAAAAUCUUGCCUCGAAUAAUUUGUAAUGUAUUAAUACUUAAAAUUCACAGAAAUAUACCAUCGUAAGCAAAUAAACGUUAAUAAUAACGCCGUUUUUUAAUUAUAUUUUUACCGCCUAUUUCUGUCUCAUUUCACAGUCAUAGGCGCAAUAAUGUUACUAGAGCAAGAUAGAGAGCUAUUAACGUCGAAGAACGGAAAUACUAAAAGUUGUUUAUCUCGCUCUAGUUUAUGUAAUUUUAUAGUGAUAGAAAGAGAUAGAAAGAGACGAGUUUAAAUAAAGCUGCUACACUUAAAAUGAAAUCCGAAGAAAUUUUAAUCAUAAUUGUAUUUGAUGGUAUAUCUUGUAUUUCUGUUUAAACAUUGAAUAUAUUGUAAUAUUUUAAAAUAAUUCUAAACAUUAUAAAGAGGCAGAAAAUCCAUCUCACUUUAUUUUGCAAAAAGCAAAUAAAAAAAUCCUAUGCAAAAUGGAUUUUAUGUCCUUUAUGGUGUAUAUGUUUAGAAACAUUUUUUUUAUAAUUGCAACAAAUGAAGUCUUUGUCUAAAUUUAUAAACGUAAAAAUCUUGCUAAAAAUAUUUUUUUGCAUCAAAGUUAGUUAUGUAUCGAUUUGAUUAUAUUGUAAUCGUCGUGUUAAGCACAAUGUGUAUACUUAAUAUGUAAAUCGCUGUGAAUAUAAAAAAAUACAAAAACACGAAUAAAUUAAUGAAUAACUUA